AUGUUCGAAAUUGUAACAGAUGCGGAUGGCAACCCCAUUCGAAAUUCCAUGGGACAUUUUCUUAUCGUCAAGAAAGGUACUGACCAGCAGUUUUGGUUGCCUGAGGAUCAAAUUCAACUUGAGGAAAAUAGGACUGAUGAGAGACUGACUGAGAAAAAAGACAAUAUGUCAGCUGAGGAUAACUUGGAAAUUAGAGAUAGGGCAGGUCCAAGUUCCUGCUCUCAAUCAUCAAAAGAAGAGUUCAAAAAAAACUUGAGGCACGAAAGAAUAUGGAGUUCUAUUGCUGCCCAACUGAUAGAGAAAGGUCAUUUGGUCAAUGGCAGACAAUGUUCUAUAAAGUGGUCAGGUCUAAAAAGGACUUACAAAAAUAUUAAGGAUCAAAAAGACAGAUCAGGUGCUAGUGCUGUUUCUUGGCCAUUUUAUUCUGCAAUGACUACAUUGCUAGGGGACAAGGCCUACAUGAAGCCGGUGGCCUUAGCGAGUUCCACAGGACAACCAAAAAAUUUAACAGGAGAUUGUUCCAAAGAACCACCUCAAAAGAAAAUGAAACCUAUGAAAAAGGACGCGGUUUUAGAAGAACUCACUGACAGAACUAACAAGCUGCAAGAAUCAAUAAAUGAACAGAAUAUUAAAAGACAUAGGGAGAAAGCAGAAAGAGAGGAAAGAAAGGCCAAGCAGCACGCAGAAAAAAUGGAAAUGCAAAGGGCCUUCUUAGACAUCUUUAAAAAGAUGGCAGAGAAAUAAUUUUUAUUGCUCGUUACUUUUGUUAAGUGACUUUUGACUUUCUUUAACCUUUAUAUUAGAGUUCCUUUUUUUG